AUGUCCAAUCUCUUAAAUGCACUCUCCAAACUCAACAAAUUGUAUGAGCAAAAGAAGAAUGAGAUCAAUCAGGAUCAAAUUCGAAAAACAGAAGAACAAAUGAAAGUUGAGUAGCCAUAGUAGAAGCAAACUGAAUAGUAACCCCAAUAACAGCAAUAGUAACAACAAUAGCAACAGAAGCGAAAGCGAAGGAUGAUCAUACUAAGGAAAUGUGCAGGCGAUAUUUGGGAAGACCCUACUCUGGCUGAUUGGCCUGAUGGAGAUUAUAGAUUGUUCUGUGGAAAUCUGGGCAACGAAGUCAGUGACGAAGUGUUGGCCAACUCAUUCAGAAAGUACCCUUCCUUCGCAAGAUCGCGUGUCAUUAGGGACAAGCGCACCAUGAAAACUAGAGGGUAUGGGUUUGUGUCAUUCUUAAAUGCAAAUGAUUAUUUGAAGGCGUUCAAGGAGAUGAAUGGCAAGUAUGUCGGAAAUAGACCUGUGAAAUUAAGCAAAAGUUCUUGGCAGUAGCGUUCAUUGCACAAAAAGAAAUCUGAUGGAUUGGUGGGUAAAUUUAUUAAACCCAAAAUACGUAAGAUUAAACGUGUAAAUAUUUCAUGAUUUAUUAUAUAUCCUUAUUUCUAGAUAUUCCCAUAAUACAAUUAUAC